GUGCUUUCAGACACGAAUCCAAGGAAAUUUCUGGCAUAUUCCAUAAUCUUAUCUGUAUAUGUCAUAUGCACUCUGGCAGAUAAUACGUAGCGCACCUGCUGUACUCAGCUGUAGUCUUUAGUCCGACACAUAUCGCGCGUCGGUCACGUAGCCUGGUUUUCUAUCAAUUGCACAAUUAGAAUGUAAUUAUUGUCAUUGUGAUUGUUAUAAAUUCACGAAUUAUGCAAUAAUUAGCGCAACGAUUCCUGCGAAAUUUGCUGAUGGCAUAAAUACUGAUUUGUUGUUUGGAAGCUGACUUAAUGAACUAGUGAAGAUGGCUGAUAUACAAUCAGUCACAGAAAACACGGAGGAGAAGUCGGAGAAACAAGAUGAUCCUAUGAAGAACUAUGAGUUUGACGGGCAAACUUAUAUCUAUACCGAUAAAGCAACAAACAUUACCUAUAGAUUUGAUCAGGAAAAUAAUAAAUGGGUGGUAAAGGAAGAUGACAAAGUCAACUCCGAUAACAAGGAAAGUUCCGAUAAAAAGGAAAAGGAAGAAAAUUCUGGUCCUGAAGUUAAUGCAGCUGGUACUUUUGGCUUUGAGAAUGAUACGCAUACUUAUACAGAUCCAAAUGACGGCAGUGUAUACUUCUGGGACAAAGAGAAAAACGCUUGGUUUCCAAAAGUUGAUCAGGAUUUCAUGGCCAGGUAUCAAAUGAGUUAUGGUUUUACGGAUACUAGUACGCCGCAGCCAAACCCACCAGAGCCAAACGAGCCUACGUCUCCUCAGAAGGCCAAAGAAGAAAAGGAACAAAGGAAAGCGGAAGCGAAGCGGAAAGCUCAAGAACCGCCGACUUGGUUCGAGGUCGACGAGGCGCAUAACACCGCUAUUUAUGUAUCUGGCCUACCUCUGGACAUUACCAUGGACGAGCUCACAGAACUCUUCACCAAAUGCGGCCUCAUAGCUAGGGACGAAAGAGGGAAGGACAAAAUUAAGCUGUAUAAAGACGGCAAUGGUGAACCAAAGGGAGAUGCUCUCUGUACUUAUAUCAAGGUCGAGUCGGUGGACCUGGCGCUGAAAAUUUUGGACGGCUCGCAAAUCCGAGGGAAAACAUUGUCGGUCCAGAGGGCAAAGUUCCAAAUGAAGGGCGAAUAUGAUCCCGCGCUGAAACCGAAGCGGAAAAAAAAGGAUAAGGAGCGGCAGAAGAAGAUACAAGAAAAAUUGUUUGACUGGCGACCAGAGCGCAUGCGGGGCGAACCGUUGAAGUGCGAAAGGGUAGUUAUCUUAAAGAACCUUUUUACACCGGAGGAUUUCGACAGAGAAGUCCAGCUGCUUCUAGAGUACCAGCAGGAUAUCCGAUCCGAGUGCCUCAAAUGCGGUGACGUCAAAAAAGUCGUCAUUUAUGACAGACAUCCCGAAGGAGUAGCGCAAGUCACAUUCCGAGAACCGGCAGAGGCGCAAGCUUGUAUACAGCUUCUGAACGGCCGUUGGUUCAGCCAGAGGAAGAUCUCAGCAGAAAUCUGGGAUGGCAAGACCAAGUACAAAAUUACAGAAACUGAUGCAGAGAUUGAAGCGCGACUACAAAAAUGGGAUACAUACCUGGAGCAAGAAGACGAGCGAAAGGAAAAGAAGGAGCAGGAAAAAAAAAGCAGUAAUAUAGAUCAAAAAGCAUCGCAAUAAGAAUGCAUUCCACGACCGAUAAAAUUGUAAUCAUAUUUCAACGGAUUCUAUUUUCCUUAUUUCCACACACACACACAAACACACACAUACACACACACACACACAAAAGUCCUCGUCGUCGU